AACAGAGAGUCCAAGCCCAGUUUUGCAUCCUUCAGAAAAGGAGGCCGACUUAUCCUGAAGAGAGGGUCUUAAGCCCAAACCGGAGAGUGGAGCCUUCUGACGCAGCAAGCCCCUGCUGCCCUGGGCAUCCCAGAGCCUUUGUUCUUGCUGUCGGGUCCCGGGUUGCAGAACACAGUGCAGCCAAUCCUGAGCCAUGGGUAAAAGGAAAACACUUAACCCGGGCCGAUGAAUGUGUUCUUAUUUAUCUUUGACUCUGGCUGUAUCUGAUGUUCUGGGAAUUGACUUCAAACAGAAUCUCGAGGCGCCUGUUAAGGCCCAGCUGCCAAAGCCAGGCCCGCGGGGCGUGGCUUUUCCAGGGCCAGCCUCAGGCUCUAGGCCUUGCCAGGACCCCUCCCCGGGGCACAGGGGCGCGUCGCGUCCAAACGCCGGGCGGUGGGCGCGGAGGAGGUUUCAGCUCCGCAAGGGUGAGACUGAGGCUGAGGAGGGGUUGCUGGAGAUUUCCUGGAGACGACCCUCUGUGCGAAGCCCUGGAGAGACGCCACAGCGCAGCAAACCCAGAAGGGCGAAACUGGGGCAGGGUGGGGCCGCAACGGGCCUGGCUGGGAGGGGGCCCGCCUGAGAGGUGCCUCAACUCUCUCCUCGCUCCCACGGCUGGGAUCAGAGCCCAGCACACAGCAGGCGCCUACUUGGUGCAGGUUGCAGAGAACCCCCUGGGAUCUCGGGCCGCCCUCUGUCUGGCUGGAGGAAGCUUCUAGACCUGGGGGCUGGUUAAGCCGUGUGGUCACGACGGGCCGGGGAUGGGGAGGGCACUGUCGCGUGGCUUAGGUGGCUGACUCCGCGUGGCCAGGCCCGGCGAGAACCAGAGGCGGAUGGGGGAGCGCCCAUGCACCCACUCUGCCUAGGCCUAAGGACCCUCACUGGGAAACCGAGGCGGCUCCUCCAGACACCGGGGUCGGCCCCACAUGCUUCCCCAGGAGAUGUGUAAUCUGUUUCUGGACUGAGACCUGCCCUCCGUUGGAGCGCACCCUCAGCAAAGAUCCCCCCCUCCAAACCUCUGGUUGGGGGUUGCUGUCUCUUUUGCACAGGUCCCUCCCCACCCCCGCUCCGCAUAGACCCUCCUCAUACAGAUGCCCCUUGGUUCACACAUCCCUUUCCCUCCCCGGAGAUGGAGACCCCUCAGGGAGGUGGGGAGUGGAGGGCGGGCGCAGACGGAGACGCGCACGGCCGAGACCAUCUCUAGCUGUCACUCCCCAGGCUCCCAGCAUCUGGAGCCGCGUCUCCACGCCCGCCACACGCACAGAGAUUCACAUGCUCGCACGGACACACUCACACUAGCGCGCAGACCCCGCCCGCGGCCCCGCCCCGGCCCCUGCGGGCGUCCCCUCCGGCGCUCGCGCACCCGGCGCGCAGCCCGCCCCGGGUGGCGGGAGGCGGCGGCUUCGGGCAGAUUUGAUUUUCCCGCAGCCCGGGAGCCCCGGAGCCGGAGCCAGAGCCCGAGCCGAGGAAGUGGCGCUCGCAGCCGCGACCCCACCCCCGCCGCGGAGACCCAGCGAGAGGCGCCGCAGCCCCUGCGCUCCGGGCUCGCUCCGCGCUGCCUGAGUUCGGCCACCCCCGCAGCUCGCGCCCCAUCCGGCCCCCCACACCCCUCUCCUUCUCCUGCACCCUUUCUGUCCCCGCCCCAAGCUCCCCGCCCCUCUCCCGGUGCCCCCUCCACGACUCCGCGCGUCCCUCCCGGUGCCCUCUCCCCGCGCUCCUCCGCCUCUCCCGGCUGCGCCUCAGCUCUCUGUGCUCUUUGCGCCUCUCCGCUGGGCGCCCAGCCUCCUCGUCGCGUCACCCGCGCCCCCUCCUGUAUCCUCUGCCCCCGCUCCCUCCGCCCCGCUUCCCUCUCUCACUUCCCACGCCCCCUCUUCGCUCUCCUCUUUCCUCCCUUUGCCGCCCAGCCCCGGCUCCGGAGUUGGGGGAGAGCCCAGGGUUUCGGUUGCUCCGGAGGAGGCGUGAAUCGCGCAGGGAUUUACUAAUUUGGGGUGGAGGGCGCGGUGGGCUAUGGAGCAGCCCGAGGACAUGGCGUCGCUGAGCGAGUUCGACUCCUUGGCGGGCAGCAUCCCGGCCACCAAGGUGGAGAUCACCGUGUCCUGCAGGAACCUUUUGGACAAAGACAUGUUCUCCAAGUCUGACCCAUUAUGCGUCAUGUAUACUCAAGGGAUGGAGAACAAGCAGUGGCGGGAGUUCGGACGCACUGAAGUCAUCGACAACACACUCAAUCCCGACUUUGUGCGCAAAUUCAUCGUGGAUUACUUCUUCGAGGAGAAGCAGAACCUCCGUUUUGACCUAUAUGAUGUUGACUCCAAGAGUCCUGAUUUAUCCAAACACGAUUUUCUGGGCCAGGCCUUCUGCACCCUUGGAGAGAUUGUGGGGUCCCCUGGGAGCCGCCUGGAGAAGUCCCUCACAAUAGGAGCAUUCAGCCUGAAUUCCAGGACAGGCAAACCCAUGCCAGCUGUAUCCAACGGAAGUGGUCUUUGGAUGGAAAGUUUGAGGACCACUGGUCUGGAAGCCUCCGGUGGUGUCCCAGGGAAGAAAUGUGGCACCAUCAUCCUGUCCGCUGAGGAGCUCAGCAACUGCAGGGAUGUCGCCACAAUGCAGUUCUGUGCCAACAAGCUGGACAAGAAAGAUUUCUUUGGGAAGUCUGACCCCUUCUUGGUGUUCUACAGAAGCAACGAGGAUGGAACGUUCACCAUCUGCCACAAGACUGAGGUCAUGAAGAACACCCUAAACCCAGUCUGGCAAACUUUCUCCAUUCCUGUGAGAGCCCUCUGCAACGGGGACUAUGAUCGGACCAUCAAGGUGGAGGUAUACGACUGGGAUCGAGAUGGCAGCCAUGACUUCAUUGGGGAGUUCACCACCAGUUACCGGGAGCUGGCCCGUGGGCAGAGCCAAUUCAACAUCUAUGAGGUGGUAAACCCGAAAAAGAAAAUGAAGAAAAAGAAAUAUGUGAAUUCUGGCACAGUCACACUGCUUUCUUUUGCUGUGGAGUCAGAGUGCACAUUUCUUGACUACAUCAAAGGAGGGACCCAGAUCAACUUCACGGUGGCCAUCGAUUUCACAGCCUCCAAUGGGAACCCCUCGCAGUCCACUUCCCUGCACUAUAUGAGCCCCUACCAGCUGAACGCCUACGCACUUGCACUGACCGCCGUCGGGGAGAUCAUCCAGCACUACGACAGUGACAAGAUGUUCCCCGCCCUUGGCUUUGGGGCCAAACUACCCCCUGACGGCAGGGUAUCCCAUGAGUUCCCGCUGAACGGCAACCAGGAGAACCCCUCAUGCUGUGGCAUCGAUGGCAUCCUGGAGGCCUACCACCACAGCCUGCGCACGGUGCAGCUCUACGGCCCCACCAACUUCGCCCCCGUGGUCACCCAUGUGGCCAGGAAUGCGGCCGAGGUGCAGGACGGCUCCCAGUACUCGGUGCUGCUCAUCAUCACGGAUGGGGUCAUUUCAGACAUGGCACAGACCAAGGAGGCUAUCGUCAAUGCUGCCAAACUCCCCAUGUCUAUCAUCAUCAUCGGCGUGGGCCAGGCAGAGUUUGAUGCCAUGGUGGAGCUGGAUGGUGAUGACGUGCGGAUCUCCUCCCGGGGAAAGCUGGCCGAGCGGGACAUUGUCCAGUUUGUGCCCUUCAGGGACUAUGUGGACCGCACGGGCAACCACGUGCUAAGCAUGGCGCGCCUGGCCCGCGAUGUACUGGCUGAGAUUCCUGACCAGCUGGUGUCCUACAUGAAGGCGCAGGGCAUCCGCCCUCGCACCCUGCCCGCGGCCCCAGAGCGCUCGCCCCCGCAGUCCCCCACCCGCACGCCCCCUGCGUCCCCCCUGCACACGCACAUCUGAGCCUUGUCUUCUCAGAUGGCUGGGGCUUAGGCCAGUAGAAAGGGAGGCGGGGUACCCAGACCCAGCUACAGACCAUCCUGCCCAGCCUUUGGAACACGUGUGCCUGGGAGGCCCACAGGGGGUGGGGCUUCUGGAGACUCCUUCCCAUACUGCCCAAGCCCCUAGAGUUUGGGGGUACGGUGGUGGAGGUGGGGAUUUGGGCCCCUGCUCUUCUCUCCUUUCAUUGACACCUGGUUCUGGACCAGCCAGGAAGAUGUUAAUCAGGACGACUGGGGUCCCGCUCAGCCCACCUGAGCUAUUACCUGGGUAAUCCCAUCUGCUCUUAUAUCACCCUGAAGCCUGGGCUAAGCCUCCCACCUCCAGGCCCCCUUCUCCCUCCCCUCCUCCUGUGGUGUCUACUCCUAUACCUGGCCCCUGACCCCCACCCAGUAUCUAUCCUGUCCCAUUUCCAGUGAACCCUGUGAGGCUGCUGGGUUUGCAGGAGUGCCUAAACAUGUGACCCCUCCUUGGGACCCUUGCAUGAAGUGGGAGUCCUACAGACCCAUGAAGGGGAUGCUGUGAUAGUAGAUGGAGGCCACAUGGUGGGCAAGGAAUGGAGACUUUUCAGGCACAGAGUCGUUUCUGGUGCCUCUCAAGCCCAGUAUGACGCUGGUUCUAGAACACAGAUCCACAGGCCUCUCCCUGGUCUGAGCCCGUAGGUACCUCCACAGUUGGCUCCUGGCUCCAGGAAUCCCCCUUUCUCCCCGGAGACUGCCCAGGGUCCUUGGGGCACCAUCUUCUGCUGCCCACCUGGAGGCCUGGGCAAGAAGCAGCCCAGCUCCAGCACUCCCACACUGCCCCUCUAUCCUAUGGGGAUAGGGGAUGGGAGUCCUGGGUUCAAGUCCUGCCUCCAGCCAUUGCCGGCUGUGGGAACCUGAACAAGUCCUUUCUACCUUCUGGGUCUCAGUUUCCACAUCUGUAAGGCAAGAGGGUUGACCAGAUGGCCCUGGGUUUACCUUCAGCUCUGAUACCCUGAGAGUCCACAAUCAUCCCACACCCCGCUUCCCCCAUCCCACUCCUCACCAGUGCAACCCCUUAAGGCCGUCUUGGUUUUAGGGUCACCCUGUUCCAUCCCAUCACCCUAAAUCCACCCUUAUCCUUCAGCCUUGGGCUCUGGCAUCUGAGCCUGAGCCCUUGCCCCUGCUGUGGGAAAGGUGAGAAAGAUGAUCUCACCCCUGGGCCCACCCAGCUGCCCAGCCUUUACCCACAUGGUCAUGCAUGCCAGUCCCUCCUGCCGCAUGGGGCUCCUCAGCCCACUGAACCUCCCGUUCCUGGGUGGAGACCAGGCCCCACCCCGUCUGUUGCCAGACACUGCUUCCCUUCCUGUCAUGCAUGAUGGUGGUGUUUCUAUGCUGUCUGGUCCUGUGCCUGUCUCUAAGACAGUCUCUGUGUGGAAUUUGCCUUAAACUGAAGUAAAUUUGGUUCUUUUACUAAA